AUGGCGCUCUCCGCAGUUGAUAAUCCCGUCAGCAGGCGGGAAGCUUGGAAGACCCUCCCUGAUCCCGUCCUCUACCCAGUCAAGGAAGCCAAAUUCGAAAAGUUCAUCGAGCCGCAGCCGGAAGGAUACGAGCGCGCGAAGGCUCAGUCCGGAGGAAAUCCAACUAUCGUCAUAGAUAAUGGCUCCUGGGCUGUCCGAGCAGGAUGGUCCUUCGAAAACGCCCCCCGGCUAGCGGUUCCCCCGAUCAUGGCCAAAUAUCGCGACCGGAAGUUGGGCAAGACCUUCUCUUUUGCUGGCGAAGACUGCUACGCCGAUACAUCUGCGCGAGGACACAUACGGAACGCUUUCGAGGCUGGAGCCGGUAUUGUGAGCAAUUGGGAUGUCAUGGAGCAUGUGCUGGACUACGUCUUCUUGAAGCUUGGAAUGAAUGGUGUCGAUGGGGCCAUUGAUGUGCCAGUCGUUAUGACCGAAGCUGUCGCAAACUUGCCCUACUCGAGGAAAUCCAUGACCGAAGUAAUCUUCGAAUGCUACGGCGCUCCCUCCCUCACCUACGGAAUCGACUCUUUGUUCGCAUACCGACACAACCAAGGCAAGACCGGUAUAGUCGUGUCUUCAUCACAUAGCGCCACCCAUCUUAUACCGGUUUACAAUCAGAAGCCAUUGUUGGCUCAGGCUACGAGGCUGAACUGGGGUGGCUGGCAUGCCGCGGAAUAUUUGCUGAAGCUCAUUAAGCUUAAAUACUACUACGGAUUCCCCGGCAAACUCAGCUCGUCCCAAGCUGAGAACAUGGUUCGCGAUUUCUGCUAUGUCUCCCAAGACUAUGACAGCGAAUUAGCAAGCUAUCUGGAAUGGACUGGACUCGAGGACAGGGAACGGAUUGUCCAAUAUCCUUACACGGAGGAAGUGAUCAUCCAAAAGUCACAGGAAGAGCUGGACCGGAUAGCGGAGAGAAAGAAGGAAAGCGGUCGCAGGUUACAAGAACAGGCCGCCAAGAUGCGCCUGGAAAGAUUGAUGAAAAAGGAGCAAGAGAUCGAGUAUUACAAGGACGUCCAGCGCAGAAUUUCGGAACAGACGACCAAGAAGGAGAUCAAACGGAUUCUUGAUGAUGCCGAGGUUAAGGACGAGGCUGCUUUGGACCGGAUGGUCAAGGAACUGGAAAAGUCUAUCAAGAAGGCGCGGACCAAGGAUCUUGGCGGCGAACAGGAGGAAGAGCAAGAGGCCCCCGACUUCAGCCUGCUUGGUGUGCCUGAUGACCAGUUGGAUGAGGCUGGACUCAAGCAGAAGAGACAACAACGUCUUAUGAAGUCGAACCACGAUGCUCGGGCACGUGCCAAGGCUGAGAAGGAGGCAGAGAAGGCCAGGAUAGCGGAGGAAGCCAGGUUGGAUGAGGAGAGGCGGACCAACGAUCUAGAGGGAUGGCUUGAGGAGAAGCGCCAGCUUCGUAAUGCCAAACUCGCUCAAAUCAAAGAGCGCGAUCGCCUCAAGGCUGAUCUGGGUAACCGCAAGUCACUGGCUAACCAAAUACGCAUGAAGAACCUGGCAAAUCUUGCCUCAGACACUCCCGCUGCCACCGGUCGCAAGCGGCGUCGCGGUGGUGACGACGACGACUUCGGUGCCGAUGACGCCGACUGGGGCGUCUACCGCAGUGUGGCCAUUGGUGCGAACAAGGGCGACAGUGAUGACGAGGAGGAAGCCGAAGAGGACCUCGAGGCGUCGGUCCGCGCCCUGGAGCAAGACCUGCUGGAGUACGACGAGGAAUUCACUUACGAGCACACACUCGAAGCCCAGAAUGACUGGACCAAGUCUCUCCUGCAUGCCUUCCGGUACGGACCAAGGCCAUUUGAUGCGGCAGCCCCAGCAGAAACGCAUCGUCUGCAUCUGAAUGUCGAGCGCAUCCGUGUACCCGAGGUGAUCUUCCAGCCCAGUGCUAUUGCUGGUGUUGACCAGGCCGGUAUCAUCGAGAUAGCCGGUGAUAUCCUAAACCAGCGACUCGUGGGUAUCCCAGGACUUGAUCGGGAUUCGUUCCUCAAGGAUAUCUUCUUGACUGGUGGAAACACCAUGUUCCAAGGAUUUGACGAGAGGAUGCGCGCUAGUCUCGUGCCAUUACUCCCGGCCGGUACGCCACUUACUGUCCGAAGGGCGAAGGAUCCUAUCCUGGACGCCUGGAAGGGCGCUGCUGGAUGGGCGGGCAGCGACGAUUGGCAGAGGGCCAAGGUUACGAGGGAAGAGUAUCAGGAGAAAGGAGCUGAAUAUCUGAAGGCAAGUUCUCUUUCAUUAUAUGGUCAUUUUGUGCGUGUAACGUUCAGAAAGCUAACAAGAAUUCUACAAUAG